AAAAAAUUAAAAAGGAAAAAAAAUCGGAGGAGAUAACUCCUCAUACAGACAGGUUUUACUGAUCUUGGGAGUUAAUUCUGCAUUCAAUGCUAGGAAACAUACAUUUCUUUUAGUUUAAAAUAGACAUAUUGAUAUUCUUACCGUCGAAGCAGCAGUAGAAGACAUUUAUGUAGCCCAAUUUUGUUUUUCUGUAAUCCUACUUGUGAAAUACGUCAUCAACUCCUGUGUGCUCAAUUACGAGUGACGUACUUCACACGUUGAAUAUUAGUACAGGAACAAGAAAUUCUGCUACUAUGAUCAGGUUGCCAUGGAAGAGAGGUCUAAACGUAUUGCCAAACAUUUUACAAUCGAUUAAAAUAUCUCAGACAAGCAGCUGUAGACAGUUUUCAUGCAGUGUGUUGCAAUUCUAUCAGUCACAGCCAAGACAGUGCAAUGGAGGUCCUAUCCUACAGAUAAAACCAAUUACAAUUGUUGCUUCAAGAAAUUAUGCAAAGAAGAAGAAGGAUAAAAAAGCAGGAGGAGGAGGAAAGAAGUCAAAUAAAGCAAAAGUAUCUCUCAGCAAUGAAGAAAUAUCUGAAGUCAUAGAUAUUGUAAGCUUCAAUACAGAGAUUGGAAAUGCCUUCAUAAAACUUAAAAAAGAUUAUGAACAGAACCUCUCUCUCAGGACUUCCAUAGCUUCUAUCGAUCGCCUCUCAGUUCACACUGAAGAUGGAACUUUUAUGUUGAUGCAGUUGGCUCAAAUUACACAAAAGAAUCCUCAUCUGGUGGUUGUUAAUAUGGCAACAAAUCCCCAGUAUAUCCCAGUAGUAAAAGAGGCACUCAGUAGCUCUGGUAUGAAUCUAAACCCACAACAAGAUGCCAACACAUUAUUUCUGCCAAUUCCAAAGGUUACUACAGAACACAGGGAACAACUGGCCAAGAAUGCUAAAGUGUUGGCUGAUAAAACAAAAACUAAACUUCGUCAUAUUCAAAAUGAUUACGUGAGGAAGGCCAAGAAAGGUACCGGCCAAUCUGAAGAUCUAGUAAAAAAUGUAGUCGAUUUGUUAAUGGCCACAACACAAGACUCAAUGAGUGAAGUGGACUCUACAUUGGCUUCAAAACAGAAAGAACUUUUAGAUUCAUAACACAGGCUACAUUGGGAUUUGAUUCACAAACAAAAUUUACGUGGAAGCUAAUAAAUGAAGAACGCUUUAAUAAGGAUUAGUUAUUCAAGAUGGGGAUAAUUAAAUCUUGGGAUUAAAAGAUGUUAUCAUCUGAAUAUGGUCAAUCAUCAUGUAAGAAUUAUCUUGUGUAUUGGAAUCUACAAAAGAAGUGUAAAUUCUUUGAAUCAUUGAAGAUUCUAAAAAUUGGUGGAAAAGGUUUGAUACUGUAGAUAAACUUAAUUUGGCAGAUUCAGAAAUGAAGAUUAAUUUCAGGGAUUCAGGACUGAGCUCAAGUUUUAUCUUUGAUCUGGCGAUACGCAUUUCUUCAGGUCAUGUGUACUAUUUUCAGAAUUAGGCUAGUUUUAUUGUUCUAAGAUCCAAGUAAUAAUACUUACACAAGUGAAAUUUUUGGAGUGAAGUUAAAGUGCACUGCACAUACUGAAAUUUCCCUGGGGAUUUUCCAAAAUACAGUACAUCUGCAAAUUGGCAGAUUUUUAAUUUGG